AUGGAUAUGGAACACAUCUCCGCGAUUAGAAGACCAGCCGUCUGCCAGCGGUUGGAUCCGUCGAAGGGUGAGGAGGCUGGGCUUUCUCGGCCUCCAGGGCGCGACGACGAGGGCGCGACGAGGGAGCCGGGUUCGAGCCAAGUUCCAACGCAAGGGCUACGGAUGUGCGAGGGACCAGGAUACGCAGGAUGGUCAUCUCGUCUCCAGCGGAUGGAGUUUGAUGGCACGAGUGGCAGCGGACGCAGCGCGACGAAGGGUCAAGGAGGAAGCUCUCCCGAGGCCGUGCGCAUAGCAAAAUUGGCUGUUGGUAGGUAG